CGCGUCCUAGUCAUAAGACCAUCGCUUGUCUGCUGAAAUUUUGUGGUAUAAAUUUAUCUGUGAUCUUCCAGAAGCGGUUUGGCGCGUUAAAACCGUAAGCAAUGGGGUUGCUUGCAAAUACACAGUAUACAGUGUAUAGCAUCUCGUCGUUCAUCAUACUGUGUAUUGGGCUCUACUACACUCUGUCAGGGAAGGGUCAGAGGAUAGACUUCGGUUGGUUUCUGGAAGGCAUUUCCCCCUACAUGUGGUGCUGUCUCGGGAUUGGAUUCUCAAUCUCCCUAUCCGUCAUAGGUGCAGCUAGUGGUAUCUUCACCACAGGCGUGAGCAUUGUUGGAGGUGGCGUAAAGGCUCCACGUAUCCGUACCAAGAAUCUGGUGUCAAUCAUCUUCUGCGAGGCCGUGGCAAUCUAUGGCAUCAUCAUGGCCAUUGUGUUGCUCAACCAGAUCAGCCAGUUCAGUGAUGACCUGGAAGACUACAAGCUGAAAUCUUUGAAUUAUAUGUCUGGGUACAUAAUGUUUGGAGCAGGCCUCACCGUGGGGCUGGGGAACCUCUUCUGCGGAAUGUCCGUCGGAAUAGUGGGCUCUGGAGCAGCUCUCGCUGAUGCCGCCAACCCAGCACUCUUUGUCAAGCUGCUCAUUGUCGAGAUCUUCGCCAGUGCUAUCGGCCUCUUCGGACUCAUCGUAGCUGUGAUAAUGGCCUCAAAGAUCAACAUGGGAGACGCCAAGAAAGCGUAGUCGAUCUCUGUGUGCACAAAUAUUGUCUGUCUGUUUUACUCCUGGCAAGAAAACAUUGUUCUUGGAGAGACAAAAGCAGUCAUUAGUCAUUCGUCGGGCAGCACAUUCCACUUUAAGAUUUUGACAUUUGUUUCUGCCCCUGUGACCCCCCCCCCCCCCCCCCCCCCCCCCCCCCCUCCUCCUCCUCCUGCCAUUGUAAUGGAUAAACUGUGACUCUUUCCGUGAUGCCAAAGAAUGACAUUUUCGUUUCAGCACAGUGCAUAUUCCUGUGCAAUUGCCUGCUAAACAGAACCUUUUAUGGAAAAGUACAUUCAAGGUGUUGGAUCUCACAUUCAAGAACAGACCUAAAUUGUGUAGCGGAUACGUACGCGCGAAAUACGGGAUAUAUAUAUAUAUGGGUGUGAUCUUUCUGUGAAAGCGUUCUGUUUACUGCAUUAGUUGUUAGCCUGGCAUUCAAAUUACGAGGAUGCUACUGUACGGUGAUGAAAAUAGGAGCCAGCAUUUGUCUCAGUGUUGUUAGUCCAGCAUAAAUACAACAGGCAUGAAGAAACUUAAAGUUUAACGGAGCUUGUAUUUGAGGUACGUACUAUAUCGAAACAAGCUGCACGUAAAGGACUGACAGUGCAGCACAGGCAAAAUUUAAGUGACAGUCCUGCAUAAAAUGCCUUUCUCUCAGAUAGUCUAGCAUGGUACAUACAGAGUUAAUAUUAAGUAUCUGUAAUUUAUUUGUACAUAAUGUUGCUUCUGCUCAUCCGAUGGUGUGCAUGUUCAUAAAGUGUGUAUGAAUGGGCUCUUGUGGGACAUCACAUUCUCCUGCAUGUCUGUGUGCAGAGGAAUCCGUGGAACUACUACAUGUGUAGUGGCUCAACAGUUGUCAAUAUGAAAAAUAUUGAUCAAAUGUCCAAUGGUGAGUUUUAUUUUCGUUGUGAAAGUAUAGUCAAUAAAGUGUUGGAUCUA